CAAUCUUUGUGAAGCACUGUGUGUGACUUGAGUGAGUGAAGCGAGGAGCUUUUCUUUCGGGCCUAUUUGCCGAUUUCUAGAAAUUAACACGCGGUUCCUUAAUCAGUAAACACGACUAGAAAUUUGAUCUCUGAUCAAAUUUUACCAUCCAUAACAUGCUUAUGGAUUUGACCGAUGAACUGGAACAAAGCGACAGUGGAAUGGAAUCUUUGACUGCGAGCAAAGAUGAUACCCCUGAGCGUAAGCCCGAAGAUAGCUUCCUGGUCCCAGCCACGACAGACCCUGGAAUAUCGCCUUGUCUCAAAGAAUUUGACGAUGAACCUGAUGAAACUUUCUCAGAGAGGCUAUGGGGACUAUCAGAGAUGUUCCCAGACUUCGUGCGCAACGGCACACACACUAUAUCAACUAAAACAUGGUCUGGAGUAAAGUCCCUAUAUGGAUUGUCGCGCACUGUGAUGUGGAUCAUCGCUAGCUCGUCCGUCAUCCUGUUCGCCCCUGUUAUAUUUGAAGUGGAACGGGCGCAAGUGGAAGAAAUGCAGAAAUCACAGCAGAAACAAGUGUUACUGGGGACCAACACAAUAUCCAACAUGCCACCAAUGCCACGAUAAGCCCUAAACUAUGCCAAUGAAUACAACAUGUAUAUUCACAUAUUAUGUCGGAUACCACUCAUAAGUCAUCCUAAUGCUUUAAUGUUAGUUUAGUAAUUAAUAGGUACUUUAUGUGUAUAUGUAUUAUUAUAUUGCACCCUUGAAAACUCUGGUCAGACUCACAAAAACAUUCAGAAUGCAUUUAUGUCAUCUAAAUUACCGUCAUAAAUACUUAUUUUGUUUUUUUAUUUUAAUUCAGAUUAUUUCUAUGGAUGGUGGUGUAUUUCUUUAAUCUAACAUACUGUAGAUACAGUUUUGUUAACACCUAAUAGAAAAUAAAGUACUAUUAAAAAUGUA